UAAUGCGCCCUCCUUCCUGCACCCUCCGCCCUGCUCCCUCCCUCCCUCACUCCCUCACUCCCUCUGUCACUCACGCCGUCAGUCUCUCAUAUGAGCCGAGUUGAGAGAGAAACUUUAACAGUCUCUGAGACAGCAACAACAUUAGAGUCUCCUGCUGUGUCAACAUGUCGGACCGUUUCGCCUGUUUUUAUUGCCGUGAUGAUCUGAGUGGGAAGAAAUACGUGCAGAAGGAUGACAAGCCCGUGUGUGUGCGCUGCUUCGACAAAUUCUGUGCCAACAACUGUGCUGAGUGUCGCCGUUCGAUCAGCACGGACUCUAAGGAGCUGCACUAUAAGGGUCGUUACUGGCACGAGGACUGUUUCCGCUGUUCCAAGUGUUAUAAGAAUUUAGCAAAAGAGUCGUUCAGUGUGAAGGAGGAUCGGAUCUUGUGUGGGAAGUGCAGCUCACGUGAGGAUGCGCCCCGCUGCCACGCCUGCUACAAACCCAUCCUUGCAGGUACAGAGAAUGUGGAGUACAAAGGCAACGUGUUUCAUGACGACUGUUUCACGUGUUUUAAGUGUAAGAAGCCGAUCGGCUCUGAGAGCUUCGUCACCAAAAAUGAGAACGUUUACUGCAGCGGCUGCCAUGAGAGCAAAUUCGCUAAACACUGCACCGCGUGCAGGAAGCCCAUCACAGCAGGUGGAGUGAAUUAUCAGGACCAGCCGUGGCACUCAGAGUGUUUGGUGUGUGUGGUGUGUGUGAAGCCUCUGGCUGGAACUCGCUUCACUUCUCACGAGCAGAAACUCUACUGCGUCGACUGCUACAAGACGAACGUAGCCAAGAAGUGCAGCAGCUGCCAGAACCCCAUCACUGGUUUUGGAAAAGCCACUAACGUGGUGAACUAUGAGGGAGGAACGUGGCACGAUUACUGCUUCACCUGCAGGAAGUGUUCUGCAAACCUCGCUGAGAAACGCUUCAUCUCCAAGGACGGAAACAUCUACUGCACCGACUGCGCCAAAAAAGUGUAGAGACACAAAAAAUAAGAAUAAUCCCAUAUGCGCAUAGAAACUGAUUUCUGAUUUAGAUAAAGUUUUAUUUAGCUGUAGGUGCUGACUGCAGGAGCAAGAGCUAACGCUGAACACAAGUAUUUAGCACAGCAUAUCAUUCUGCUGAGUGUCUCUGAAGGAUACCUUACUUCUAUAUGUCUAUCUGUGUCAUGACUCUGUGUGUGUGUGUGUGUCUCAUUAUAAAUGAUAUUAAUUCCACAGACACAUUUACAUUAAGAAUUUAUUAAAUUCAUUCUGAAAUUGAUGUGUAACUCUGUGAACAUUAAAAUAAAUGAGAUCAAUUAGA